CCUCGACACCUCUCGACAUUCUUCUGCUUUUCUGUCGACAAUACCCCUACCUAUACACCCUCGCACUCAGAGUUUAACUCUAUUAUGGCAACAGUGUCGGCAUUGCAGCCGUCACGCGUUCCAAGUCCGGAAAUCAUCGACGUCGACGCUCUGGAAGAGCUGGAAGAGGAGGGCGUCGUCUUCACUGGAUUUCACGGGCACCCCCGACAACUGCCUCCCCCUCGGCCUUCUGCAGGCCCAAGCUCUGUGGCCCAUCACCCUACAAACGAUGAAGCCACCCUUCCAGGGUUCAGACGUCGCUCGCCAAGGCGGGCGCCUCGAAUGAGCAGAAGCGCCCAAGCAGGCCCCUCAAACUCAAGUGCAGCAGGACCCUCCGAAGUCAUCGUGGUAGACAGCGAUGAAGAAGAGCCAUCGUCAAGUAGUAGGAUACGCAGGAGGUCUUUCAGAGUCGGACCUCGUCCGCGACUGAUGUCUCCUCCCCCGCCGGUGGCGCAGAGAGGGCAUACACCUGGUGUGCCUCCUUUGCCCCGACAUCUUGCGUCGCAAGCCUCCCUACCCAGACGUAGUCGCGCAGCCGAUGUUCCUCCUCCAAUUCGGCCAGUCUCUCAGCCACUCGCCUUUGAAGCCGGGCUGCUCCCCAUCCCCCCACCUCCGCCGUUCCCAGCAAACUUUCCACUACCACUAGAUGCCGCCCCUCGAUCUCAUCAUCAGCCUUCGAUGGGUUUCGGCGGUGCUAUGAUUGCGCUGAACCGCCAGAACACAUUACAGGAAGCCAGUCGUGCGAAUCAGGCGAGGGAACGGGCCCCUCGGGGGUUCAAUCUGCCAACGUUCACAGAAAUGUUCCGCCGGAUGACAGGGUACGCCGGAGAGGAAGAUGACAUACCCGCACGUCCAGAGAACCCUUCGCGGUCGUGGAGGAACCGUGUGAUGCCCUGGUACUGGGAGGACGCCGUCGCCGACCCAGAGCGGGAGCUCUUCUCUCCCUUCGGAAAUGAGGACGCAUGGUUUGGCCUGCCAGACCGUCUCGACGCGCUCCGUCCUGUCGUCGGGCGGAACCCGUACAUCCCCAAGGCCGAAACCGUCCCGAUGUGGAAGCCGGAGUACACGCACCCUAACAAGAUAGCGCCAGGCUUCACACACGACUUCGCGGCGCCAGACGACCCUGCUACGCAGACGUCGGGAUCGUCGUCGCCACAGACGGUGAUCGUGCUGGACGACGAGGCUGGGCCCAGCAGCGGGGCGGCGAGCGGGUCUUCGAGUGCCACCGCGGUCGAGACUACCCUUGUAUGCGCACGCUGUCUUGACCCCUUGGUGCUAGCACCGGCAGACGGUUCGUCCGAGGAAGACGUCAAGUUGCGACGAGUGUGGGCGCUCCGCUGUGGGCAUAUGCUCGAUGGGAAGUGCGUCGCGGCGCUCAUGUUUCCCCCAACUGCAACCGCAGACCCAGGGUCGACGGAGUCUCCACAGCAAGAAGACGAAGCCAGCGUCCGCAGCAAAGGGAAGGGCAAGGCACGCGCAGACCCGGAGCCGCCCGCUGCCCCACUUGAAGAGCAACUCAUUCCAACGGCGGAGGUAGAUGCAGCCCCCGCGGACAGGAAGGGCAAGCGCAAAGCCGUCGAACCCCUCGAGCCGUCGGAGUCCCCCAAACGUGCCGCGCUCGCCGCGCCCGGCGAGCCCGCUGACGCUGACGCGGGCAGCAACUCCAUACGGUCACGCCUGCGCUCGCGCACCCGCGCAGCCGCCGACGUAUCUCCCUCCUCCGCGCCCGCGGCUGGCCCAGGCGCGCAUGUGAUGCCUGCGGACGGGCUUUUCCCUACUACUCCGCCCCGCCGCGGCCGUCGGCGCCCUGGCGUGUUCUCGCGCCGGGCCCACCAGCGUGGAGACGAGAGUCCUCGUAUGGGAGGGAAGGGGAAGGGCCGGGCGGCGAAGGUUGAGCGGGCGCGCGUGGUGGAAGCCGAGCAUGAGUGGAGGUGCUCCGUCGCCGGAUGCGGGUGCGUGCAUUAUAGCGUGCGUGUGGAAGGUGUGUGGGUGAACGAUGAGGGGCGCGGGCCCAUAGCGCUGUUCGUCUGAAGAGCACGGGUCUGGAUGGUGAGUUGUAGGAAUGGAGUGGUCGUCCGACUCUCCUCGAUCGGUUGGAGCCUCCUCGGUCGGCUGGAGAUCGCUGUCGGACAGCGUUGGAGGCGCUUCGGCAUCGUCGCAUCGUUUGCAUCAGGUCGUUCGCAUCUCGCAUCGUCUGGAUCGGUUCGUUCUUGGGGAUCUCGUCUCGCAUAAUAUCAUCGCAUUGUUUCCAUUCUCCUCACCCUUCGGGGUCGCCCGGUAAGAUGCCUCUCAUGAACAUGUGCGACGGCCGUCUGUCAGCCACCUGGGCCGGAUAUCAUCUAGCUGAGAUCCGCCUGCCAAUCGACGG